AUGGAAAUCCAAGAAAGUCAAAUUAAGAAAACUGUCAAAACUGAAGAUAUUGAGAAGAAUGUUGAAUACUUAGAACCUGAAAAACCAAGGUUUUCAUGGAAAAUAGUUGAUAACCAUUCACCUCCAGAAAUUUAUAACUGGACUUUAUACAUGAGUAUUUUUGUAUUUGGUAUUUUAGGUGCUGCUAGAGGUUUAGAUGAAGGUAACGCUGCUGGUAUUUCAGUUCAACCAUCAUUUCAAAACCAAUUUGGUUUAAAUGAUCCAACCAAAAGUGCUGAUGAAUUAGCCAAUUUAAAAUCAAACAUUAAAGCUAUGGUUCAAGUUGGUAGUAUUGGUGGUGCUAUUAUCGCAACUUUCUUAGUUGAUUGGGUUGGUAGAGUUAGAAGUAUGCAACUUGUUUGUAUUGGAUGGGCUGUUUCCGUUAUCAUUCAAAUGACAAGUAAAUCAGUUGGUCAAUUAUAUGCGGGUAGAUUGUUAGAAGGUAUAUUAGCUGUUGGUUUAACCACUACUGUGGGACCAACUUAUAUUUCAGAAGUUACUCCAAAAGCUAUUAGAGGUUUAACCAAUUGUAUUUUUGCUGGUGCUGUCUAUUUAGGGGUCAUGUUGAGUUAUUUAGCUAAUUAUGGUACUGCUGUUAAUAUUGCCCCAACCAAUAACGCCCAAUGGCUUCUUCCUACUUCUAUCAAAUUGAUGUUUGCUGUUCUUAUUUUCCUUUUAUCUUUCCCAUUCUGUGUUGAAAGUCCAAGAUGGUAUAUAAAAGUUGGCAAAACUGAUGACGCUGUUAAAGCUUUAACUAAAUUAAGAAAAUUAUCUCCAACUCACCCUUAUUUAAUUGGUGAAAUUGCUGAUAUUACUGAACAAGUUGAACAAGAAAAAGCCGCUAGAGCUGGUACCACCAUGUGGGGUUUGAGUUAUGAACUUAUCAGAUCACCAUCAUUAGCUUAUAGAUUUUUUGUUUUAUGUGCUUUGAUUCAACUUUUAGGUCAAUGGUCAGGUGCCAAUUCUGUUACUAUUUAUGCUCCAGAAUUAUUUGGUUUAUCAGGUAUUAAAGGUGUUGAAACUUUAAAAAUGACUGCUAUUUUGGGGGUUGUUAAAUUCGUUUGUGCAUACUUUUCAGCUUUCUUUGUCAUUGAUUUCUUAGGUAGAAGAAAAGCUUUAUAUUUGGGUAUUUCAAUUCAAUUGGUAUCAUUAUUAAUCUUUGCUUUAUUCUUAGUUAUUGUUCCUGAAGCUGCUGAAACUGAAGAUUCUUCUGAAUUAACUCCUUCUCAAUUAAGAGCUUCAAAAUUAGCUAUGGCUGCUAUUUAUACCAGUGGUAUUGGUUGGGUUUCUGGUUUCAACUCAAUGCAAUAUUUAAUUGGUUCAGAAGUUUUCCCCUUACAUAUUAGAUCUUUUGCUCAAUCUUUAAUUAUGGUGUUACAUUUUGCUAAUCAAUAUGGUAAUUCCAAGGCUCUUCCAAAGAUGUUAUUGACUAUGAAACCUUAUGGUACAUUCUUUUUCUUUGUUGCUGUCAAUGCUAUCUCCCUUGCUUGGGCUUGGUUUUUUAUUCCUGAAGUUAGUGGUAGAUCUUUGGAAAGUAUGGAAGAAUUAUUCAGCUUACCAUGGUACCAAAUUGGUAGAAAAGGUCAUAUCUUAUGUCCAGAUCAUUCAGAAGUUAACAAGAUUGAUUAUUCUAAGGGCAAGUUUAGAUACUUAGAAAAACCUGAAACUGAAAUGAUUGAAAAUGCCUCAAGAGUUAGUGAAGAUAAAGAUGAAGAUUAA